AUGUCUCGACCGGAUUCACCACACGACACCCUGACCGCCCGCGACGCCCGCGACAACCACUCCCGCGUGAGCGGCCAGAUCGACGCGAGGACUCCGGAUGGCCUGGAGGCCGCUGCUGGAGUCGAUGCCCCGGCCAUCACUGGCCAAGAGCUUGACACCUCGCCACAAGCCACCGCAACGGAUGCAAAGCCCGCUCGACCUGCCGUGGAUGAGUCGACAAUUCUAACCGGUUCGUUCUCUCUUACGUGCGGGCUCGCGUUCGCCCCCGCGUCCGCUCGGAGUCCGCGAGCUCCUCUCCCCUGCCCGGCUGAGCGCUGACCAAUGAACAUCGUCCGCCGUUUUCUCCGUCGCCAUCCGCCGUCCGCCGCCUGGUCGUGUGUGUGUUCGCGCCAAACAGGAAAGAAGCUCGCCAUUGUCUUCGUGUCAAUGCUCUUGUCCAUUUUCCUGAUUGCUUUGGACCAGAGUGAGUACUCGUUCACCUGUUCCGACCCACAUCAGCAUGGGUAUCCGCGAAGGGUUAAAGAUCUUCGCUACGCGUUCGCGAACGAUGUCAGAGUUGUGUUGCUCGGAGUUUGUCGACCCAGUCUGCAGCCUCUGGCCUUCGGAUUAAGCACAUGCGCUGGCAGGACCAGGAACUGAUCGGUGAACGUCUUGCACUUCAUUCCUUCUCUUGCAUUUCACAGCCAUUCUUGCCACGGCUCUCCCGAGGGUGAGCUCACGCAGUCCUGUUCACGGCCCGCGAAUCAGCCAUGCUGAUUCCUUCUUCACCGCACCCCUACUCUAGAUUGCCUCUGAUUUCAAGGCGUUUAACUUGCAAGGAUGGGUCAGCUCUGCUUUCAUCCUGACGCGUAAGUUGGCGUUUUUCGAAAGUUGUUGUUACUCCCUGACCAAAGCAAAUUUCUAUUCCUGUCUGACAGAGACUGGAUUUCUGCUGCCCAGUGGGCAACUUUUGCGAGUCUGGCCAGCGAGUGAGUUGCGCUUCUUCCUCCUCCUCUUGCCCUCUUGUUUGUGUCUCAGAGAGAGUCAGUGGAUGCGGAACGAAAAGUUGACCUAUCGAAUCUGUGUCACGACCCGACAGAGUACUGCCUCCUCGUCGCCAUCGUCUUGUUCGAGGUCGGGUCAGCGCUUUGCGCUGGAGCGCAAAACGUUUACGCCUUGAUCGUCGGCCGAGCCAUUAGUGGCGUCGGGGCUGCGGGAAUUUUCACCUCAAUGCUCCAAGUCCUCGCUCAGGUGACCCGUCUUGAGGACCGCCCGCGUUUGUUCGGCUUCUUCGGUGCCGUCUUCGGACUUUCCUCGGUCAUCGGCCCGCUGAUGGGUGGUGCUCUUGCGGACUCAUCGACGUACGGGUGGCGCUUCUGCUUCGUGUUGAACAUCCCAGUCGGUGCUGUGACUUUCACUGCCGUCGCCUUCAUGCUCAAGGCGUCGCCGCCACUCGGCGCCAAACCCGACGAGACCACCACGAAGGCGCGCAUUCGCAACACGGGACGCAUGGAUUGGGUCGGCGCGACGCUUCUUUUCGCCGCCAUCACGUGUCUCGUCCUCGCCUUGCAAUGGGGUGGCAACACUAAGCCCUGGAACAGCGGCUCGGUAAUCGCGUGUCUCGUGGUCGCGGUCGCCUUGGGCGCGGCCUCCAUUCUUUGGCAGAGGUGGCUCGGCGAUCGGGCCAUGGUCCCAGGCAAGGUGUUCAAGAGUCUUUCCAUCUUCGCCAUCUGUGGUUAUUCCUUUACGACCCGGUUCGCCCUCCUCAUUUUCACCUACUACCUCCCCCUCUUCUACCAAGCUGGUCGCGAUCACACCGCGACAAAGUCGGGAAUCGACAUCCUGCCCUUCAUGCUCGGCGUAGUGCUCAGUGUCAUCCUCGGAGGCCAGAUCGUGGCACGUAUCGGGCGCUACUGGCCUUUCCUCGUCAUCGGUCCCAUCUUCAUGUCGAUUGGAUCUGGCCUCAUGUAUACCAUUAGUGUUUCGACGCCGAGCCCGACGUUGAUCGGUUUCCAGAUCCUCGCCGGUAUCGGUGUUGGUCUUUCGAUGCAAAACAGUCUGCUAGCGAUGCAGGCCGAGUUCAAGGAUAACCCGAAAUUGGUCGCCCAAGCGUGAGUUUGUUCAUUCCCUUCCUCGGAAUGUGUGACUGUGUACUGACAUGUAUUUCGUCAUUCUAGAACGAGUAUGGCGUCCUUUUCGCAAUUCCUCGGAGGCACGAUCGGUCUCGCGGUCGGGCAAGCCGCCUUCUCCUCGCGGUUGUCAGUGAACUUGCGUCAGUACGCCCCGACAGCCCCUGCGUCCGUGAUUGAGCGAUCACCUUUGGCGAUCUACACCGCCAUUGAGGCUAGCAUUAGGCCGGAGGUCAUCAAGGCCUACGUCAAAGCGCUUGAUAUUGGUCAGUUGCCUUUUGCUCGCCCCCCAGCGCGACCCAUUUCCGAUCCAGAUUGCUGACGGGACCUUCUCUUGACUACUCUCCGUACAGUCUUUAUACUCGGUGUACCCUUCGGUGUUCUCGCACUCUUGUUGUCGCUGCUGAUCAAGAACAUCGACAUCCGAGCGCCCAAAGCGGAUGCCAAGCCCAACGACGAGGAGGAAGGCGCUGCCACUGCGGAUGCGUCGCCGGAGAAGAUCGUGCAAAAGGUCGACACCGUGUCGGACGACGGACAGCACGGUGCCAGUUCAGAGAAGAGGCUGUCGUCGGAAGCAUAG